UUAAUACUUUCAGCGCUGCUAUAUAACAAAUAAUUUGAGGUAUGGCCAAUGGAUUCCAAUAACACCAAGGCCCUCUUUAAAGAGUCUACAGUGACAAAGUUAUUACAAGAGCACUUUGGAAACCCCAAGACUAAAUUGAACGCUGAAGGAUCCGCCCUUGUAACGGAAUACCUCGGCCUCUUUGUAAAAGAGAUCAUCAGUAGAGCCGAACGGCAGGCUAAAACAGAAGGAGAUUCACAGGUGGAAGGCUCCCAUCUAGAGAAAGUCAUCCCUCAAAUUCUCCUCGACUUCUCAUAAUGACACUAUCAGUAAUGGAUGAUCUAGACUUCAACACGCGAUAUGACUGUCCUAAAUGUGAGAAACUUGAGACUGAUCUCAAAACUUCUAAAUCAGAGGUUGCUGAUUUGCGAAACUUGGUAACAGUAAUGAGAACUCAGACUGCUAAAACUACAACACUGCUCCACAAAUUUGAUACGACUAAGAAAACGUUGCUGUUACAGAAGCAGAAAAUAGAAGCAUUAGAGAAACAUAACGGGAUACUAAAAGCUGAAGCGAAGACAGUAAACGAGCAACUAAAGAAACAGCUCGACUCCACAGAAGAUUCCAACUACCUCAAAAGUUCAGACGAAAACGAGGAACUUCGAAACAACAUGCAAUCUCAGCAGGCUGUUAUCGAGCAGUACAAAGCACAGUUCUCUAGAAUGGAGAAGGAAAUAGAGGUGUACAAAAAGAGGAAGACCGAGGCUGAGAGGGCGUGCAGUUUAUUACAGGCUAAAGUGGCAAAGUUGAAAGAUAGCUCCAAAUCCGAGAAGAAGCAACCUGAUAAUUCAGAGGCUAUUGCUAAGUUGAAGUCUGAGAUCGGUGUCUUGAAAAGGGAGAAUACCCGGUUGAAAGACAGUCGAGAGGAAACAGUAAACAGACUUGCUGAUAAAAAGAACCAAGAUAUAACCAAGAAACUGACUGCCAUGAUGAAUAAGCAAACCAGUUUAGAUACUACCAUAGAAAAAACUAUCGAGCGAACUAUACAGAGAAACUUAAAAGAUAUCCUGCUAUCUCCAACGAAGGGAGGGAGCAUGUACCGGACACCUGCUGCUCGGCCUCGCAGGAACACUAAGAGCACAGAGGGAGGUGUUACACCUAGCACGCCUACAUCUGCCAAGAAACGAGGUAGACCUGUUGGGUGGAAGAAAAACAAACCUAAGCAGUCCAGUUCUGAAGAGGACAGUGAGCUAGAGUUGAACCCCAGACCCAAGAAGAGCGUCAAGAGGCCAGUCAAACGGAAACUUAGCCAUUCAGCUGAACCAAAGAAGAAAGCGAAACCCUUGGUUCAAGAUAGUGGGCACUUGUCAAACAGCUCCUCGGAUGAUGAUGUAGACUUGGUGGGAUUCCUGGAGAAUUCCUUAAAUUUUCCAACUAGCGCUAGGAGCGAACCUGAUGGGGUCUUGGUAUGUGAUGCUUUGCCUUCCACAUCGAGUGAGUUCAAUCUGUUUGACCAGCAUUCUGCUGAAACAGAUGGUAUUCCUAAAGAAUCUCCUAAACUUAUGAAUUCCCCCAAACCUAUGAAUUCCCCCAAACCUCAAAGAAAAGUGCCCACAGUACUCAAUGUAAAGAGCAUCUUCAGUUUAAUGGUUUCUCCUGGACAGCUUUCACCUUUGAAGACAUAUCAAGAAAGCAAUAACCCUGCCGAGCUAAUUGAUAUAAAAAAUGAAGAGCAAGGUACCACUAAUCCUCAACCAGCCGUUCCAAUCUCCUUGGAAGAAUUUUCUGUAGAAACUCCCUCCUCAUCCUCUGGUCCCACACCCGCUGUUUCCAGUCCCAAGACUACUCCUAAGAAGGAAGACCAAACCAUCUUAGAUCUGAUUGGCUCCUCAAAAUCUCCAGCUCGGACCGUUUCUCCUAUUGUUACAGAGACUGCUUCGACAGACCCAUGUUUUCAACCUAUUUCAAUAAAAAACGAAAUGACGAAGACGAAAUCGGAGCCAAACGACCCCAUCAUUACCCUGAAGCCAAUGUCUAGUAGAGAAGCUAGAUCAGCUCCUAUAGUCUCGACUCUUGGAGACCUGUUGAGCCCGAGUAAGGUAGAGUCUGACUCCGCAGCAGCCAGUACACCAGAUGUUGAGAUUGUUAGUGUGGUUCAGGUGGAGAGGGAAGAGCCGUGUGUCUCGGCGUCUGAUUCUCAAACUGAAGACGAUUUACCAGAAGUUUCCACUGCUAAACCGGUAACGAAAUCAUCAAAGUUCAAACCAGUUCAGUUAGCAGCUCCAUCAACCUCUCAAAACUCAGAAGAUGAGCGAACGACUUUUCCAGCCAAGACUUCACGGCCUAGUUUCAAACCGGUAUCUUUUGUAGCUAAGUCUUCAAGACCUAGUUUUAAACCUGUAGCUUUUGCGACAACAGCUGUCCAAAAGCCCACCCAGCAAAUUACUAGUGUUUCCUCUAGCAGCCCCAAGUCACGGUUUCCUCCUAUUUCAAUGUCGUUCUGUAAACCGAAAACAAGCUCCAUUUUAUUACCACCAACGGUUACAAAGGGUUACCAAACCCUUACGCAGCCUGAUAUUGUUCAGAAAGUAAACCUGCCUCCUAUAUCAAUAUCCUUCGUCAAACCGAAAGCAAGUCCCAGUUUAUUACAACCUAAGGUUGUGGAGCCGGAUAUUGAACAUGAAGCAGACUUACCUACAACCUCAGAUACUGGAGUUCCAACAACCUCCUCAGUUCCUGAUCUAACGACAAAGCAGGAAGAGGACUACAAACCCUCAGUGACAAAUGGGCCAGUUUUAUCUCCUGCAGUGCCCUCUCCUGGAAUUGCCAUUGAAGCUUCAUCUACUUCCAAUGAGAAAGAAACUGAGUCUCAUGAAUCUGAUCCACUCUCCGUUUUAUGUAAUAAUGAUGCCACCCCUCAAGUGGCUCUUGAACCUGAAACUUCUUCUGUAACUCCGAAGGUAAAAUCGGAGAAAUCACCCACCAGGAGACAAUCAGAGGUCAAUGUCACAUUGUCUAGUGAUAGCCUAGUAACCCCUACAACUCCCACAGAAGUGGUUGUCUCUGAAGAUGUCAUGGUAUGUGCUUUUGAGAUGGAUAUCAGUGGUGUAAGCAGCAGUCAGAGCGAUGCUGAUACUCAGUCAGACAGCGCUGCUGAUGUUUCUCAAUCUCCCAAACAAGUUGAGAUCUAUCAUGAGCUACUGCCUACAACACGGUCAAGAAAGUCAGCUUCAAAUAAUGAUGCUUUUGUUGCUCCAAGGCGGGCCAGGGAACGCAAGAGUAUGUCUCAAGAUCAGGAUAAACAGCCUGAGGUGAUCACUAAAUCAUUGAGAAGCAGGAAAGUCAGUGUUACUGAAGAGUCUGCAGAGGUUCCCAAGCGCCGGAGAUCAGCAAGGACUUCAAGCGUUUCUGAUGUUAGUGACAGUAGUAGAUCACCUGCACCUAGAAGAUCUAGGAGAAUCCAGAACUCAACCAGUCCAGUCAAAGCACUAAAACCAAAGAAGAGUCCCAUGAAGAAGGCACUUCCAGAAACAUUGACUCCAGAGGAGAUGAUUGUUGAUGAAGUUAUCCUAGGUUCUGAAAACAGGAAUAUCAUGAUUCCUAGCGAUCUUAUGGAGCUCAAGAAGUCAAUAGACCAAGCACAACUUCAAGAAACCGUUGUCAAAACUCUCGAACAAUCUGUGGUCCCUGAAGUUGAAGAGCCCCAAAACAUAUCAAAUGAAGUUCAGAGUAUCGUGAAACCAGAACAAAAUGACAGUUCUGAUAAUCUGGAACCUCUCAAAGUCCCUGCCAUGGAACUGGCUGUGUUUGCUGAAAACACUCUUGAACCUGCUGCUGAAGACACUCAUGGUCCUGCUGUUGAGUCCAUUCCAGGACCUUCGCUCCCUCUGAAAACAUCUAACACUGACCUGUCUCCUCUUGAUUCACCUGUGGCAUUGAAAUAUUCUGAUGAAAAUAAUGGAGCUAAAGCUGUUGACACGGCAAAUGAUAUCAAAGGUCAAGUCCAAGUGAAUGCGGUUACCGUACAAUCUGAUACAGUGAAAACACUGACAAAUUUGUCAGAGAAAAGGAAAGUUGCUAAAUCUUUACCGUCACCUGCAGUGAAACGUAUUCCUCCACCACCUUCGGGAGACUGGCAUGCAGUAAAGUCUCUUGAUCUAAAUCUCACUCCAGUGUCCAGAAAAGUUGAAGCGAACAAUGUUGAUGGUCAUUUCAACAUAACUGCAUUAUCUAAUAAAGGAAAAGUCCAGAAAUCUAACAGUGUAGAAAAGAAAAGAGAGAGAAGAAAGAAGAGAAAAGCUGCAAAGGCUGUCUCAUCGCUUACAAUAAAAUCUGUGCCCCCACCUUUAUGCAACUGGGACUUAGUAAAAUCUCUAGAUCUAGAUCUUACUCCAGUCUCCAGGACGGUACAACCCUUCAAAGAAGCACCAAUCCCUGAUUCUUCAGAUAUUUCAGAUGAGGACUUGAUGAUUGCUGAUACAACUGUUAUAAGUCAGGAUGUUGAGGAUGUUCAGAAGGUUGAGGUUGAUAUUACGGUUGAUGAAGAUGAAACCUCUACAUCGGCAGUGCAAGUAGAGAAAUCAGAUGAAGCUCCAAAACUUAUGACUGAGAAAGAAAAGACUGUUAAAGUUGUAGUUCCCCCCUCUUCUGAAUGGUUUACUGCAAAGUCUCAAGAUUUCACUUCAGUCGAAAAACUACCAUCUUUCAACGCAGCAGCUGCAAUAAGUGAUCAGUCUGACUCAGAGCUACCUUCCAAAACUACAGAAUCUAGGAAGAGGAAAAAGACGAAAGGACCAGACCACUACAUCUCCCUCGCUCAAAUAUUUGACAUAUUUAUCCCCAAACCUGCUAUCACACUUCUUGGUUUUAACAAAGACAACGACCAUCUCGUCAUGGAUACAAGUGACUGUGAAUCUCAGGUACCAUCACCUGCCGCUUUUAGCAGUACUCAAAAACCCAUCGAAUCAGUUGAUAUGAAUCUUCUGAGCAAUCUAAGAACCAUGGCAAAGAAAGGUGCAGAACCUGCGUUACCAGUAGAUGAUGAACCAUUGUACCACCAGACAUAUGAGGACUACACACAUUUGGUACCCAACGGAACUACACAGCAUCUGGUAGGAAUGUUUAGAAGGAAUCUCUGUACCAGUGCACCAGAUGUACCGUACAUUGUGGAAACAAUAGUGUAUAAUCAUAAGAAAAAGGCACUGCAGAAUAUAGAAGAAAAGUUGAUAAUAGCUAUCAGAAAUGAGAUCAGUAUUCGAGAUACCAGCCCGGCUAACGUCGAGAUUCCUCCCAUUGAUGUUUUGGUGGAAUUCUUCUUUGAUUUGUUUUCUCAGUUGGUAAAUAACGAUUACUCAUACUUUGAUGAGAGUACCUGGAUGCAGGAUGUGUUAAAGAAACUAUUUGUCCGAGUCGCAAGUUCGAAAAAGAACUUAACCCAAUCCCUUAUCAGUCUGCUAUCUUUCUCUAUAAAACUAUCCCUGAAAUGUAAAGAUUUGAAAUUCCUCCGUGCUCACAUCAUCAAAACUAUCAGUGACAUGAACUACACCUACGUCUGUAAUCUCCUCACCAAAUGCUUCACCAGCUACAGUAUUUUCCUGCUUAUCGGAAAGCAACAUCUGUGUUUUAGCAAGGACAAGAACUCUAUCAAAGACCUGAACUGUCUGUACCUGGCUGGGCUGGAAUUUUAUCUACGUUACACACAGUUAAAGUUCCCACCAGUUGAGCAACUAAGCUAUAUUCAUCAGUUUGCGGUUGAGAACCACUUGAUUAGUGCAGCAUUGGAUGCUGUUGUUAUUAAAGAGGAACUGGGACCAGGGACUGACUACAAGAAUCACAACGAACAGGGGCUGAUAUGUAUAAAGUUGAUGGUGAAAUCACAAGGAUGGACGUGGUUCACAACGACAGUACUACCUCUGAUAUUUGAUAAACUUUCUACCACCACCGAGUUCGGCAUUUGCAGAUUAACGGAGUUGAUAGUGAAUUUGGUUAACUCGGAGAUAAUCAGUUACAGAGCUGCCGGAAAUAUCACAAUGCUGAAGGAGAAACUUAUUCCUGCUUUAAUUGGAUUGCUUUGGACAGCUCCAACUGCAGAUAUUAAGUUCUCUUUUGCCCGAUGUCUUGUCCAACUCAGUCCUUUGAACUCUUCGUACGUCUCAUCGUCUUUACAGAACUGGGUGAAUUGUAUUCCCGUACACUUCAAAGAACAUCAGCAAUAUCCUGAGUUAUAUUAUAUGAUUAGUUUUAUUGCUGAGAGGGAGGGAAAGAAUUCCAGGACGUUGUGAUCAUUGUUUUCUAUCAGAUUUUUAAUUUUAACUUAUUAUUCACGGCUGCUUUUAAAGCGUUAAUUUAUUGUUGUAUAUUGUUCGAUUCAGUAUCUUAGAUGAUGUUA